AUGAUGGAAGGAACUAAUCAGGGAAACGAAAGACCGCAACAGCCGCUCCAUGCAUUGGAUGCUCUGAAUAGCAUGUACAACAGCGCACAACAACAACCUCUGCUUGCUGGCUAUUUGAAUCAAGCAUCAAAUACUCAUCCACAGCAGCUGCAAUUGCAAUUAUUGCAGUCGUUUCUGCAGCAGCAACAACAGCAGCAACAGCAGCAACAGCAUCAACAACAAAUACAACAACCGAUUCAGAACCCCCUGCAACAGCUGAGUCAGCAAACGACGACGCGGUCCCUUAACUUUGAUUCCGUGCGACCUGCAACCAAUGGGGUGUCACCCACAUCGCUGGAUGAUUUCAAUUCGGAUCUACAAUCACAGCUGCUCUUUGGUCUUGCGAACCAGCCAAGCUCUAAUCAAAACAAUGCCCUCCGCGUAGCUUUGGAGAAGCAAAACAUCUUAGAUAGAGCUAGAGCACUGAACGAGAUUGAAAUUAGAAGAGCUCUAGGACAAGAGCAACAAAGCCAAAGUCAAGGGCAAGCAUCACAAGGACCACCACAGAACUCAUCUUCCUUUCAGCACAUACCGCAAGAUGGGAGUGGAAGCUCGCAGAGCCAACACAUGCCCUCUAGUCUCGGAUCGAAUGAUUCUGAUUCGUCAGGUCAAUAUAUUCAAGUCGACUCUGGCACAAGAACCAUGUCCCCGAUAUCUGAUGAGGCCAACAGAUCUGAUGAUUCUGCAAAUGGUAACCGAACUCAAUCCGUAUCAGAUCGAACUCAAUCCGUAUGCGCCCCCUUACACUUUGCUGCAGGCGAAGAAGGCGGCAAUGUGAGAGAUCUGAGAAUGGUACAAGACAGUACUUGGGAAUCACGAUUCCGUGAUCUCGUGCAGUUCAAACAAGAAUAUGGACACUGCAAUGUACCCCGAAGGUACAAAGGCAAUCCCAAGCUCGGUGUCUGGGUCUGCAGUGUGCGCCAGCAAAUGGCCCGAGGCACUCUGAACAAGGCCAAGAUGGAGCGAUUAAAUGAAGUUGGCUUCCAAUGGCGAAUAACCGUCAUCAAGGGAGGUCAGAUCAAUCCUCAAAUAGCCAAGAGUGACCAAUGGCUCGAAAACUUUCAGAAUCUUUCCUCCAUCAAGGAGCGAACUGGAAAGUGUUCUGUCCCCGCAUCCGAUCGCAAGUUGUGCAAGUGGAUUGACAGACAACGAAGGGAAAUGAAUAAAGGGAAGCUACCAAUGGAAAAGCAAGAAAAAUUGAACUCCAUUGGUUUCGAAUGGAAACCAGCAUCUGUAUCAGUAGAAUAG